GCCAAAUUUCAUCUUCGUAUUUAUCAAUCCGGUCUAUCAAUUGUAUACGAUAAAAUCAUCGUGUACGGCGAUAUACACGAUUCCCCCAAAAAAAGCGCACCGACCAAAUAAUCCGGUCGCUUAGGGGAGGGCUAGUAUUGAUCGUCCGCGAAUAGUCCGCGAGGGUAUACAAGCGCGCUCUUCCCCCACAACCAGUGUGUGUCGGACGGGCGUCACGGCGCGUCCACUUUGUUACACGGGCGAAAUAAUGUCGUAAACGGGUGACAUCGUUUAAUAUAACGGACCGUCCGAUGUCGUCGAUUUCGGCACAGGGCGUCGUGGAACGCGCCUCCGCGGAGCUCUCCAAACGUAUCAACGGCCUGGGCCUGAGAGGUAGCAAGCACCACUCCUCCAAGGGCAGCGUUAUGGAACGCGUGACGAACGUCUUCUGCGGCAGCAGCAAUAACGCCGUCGGGGCGCCCGAAAAACCGUCCAGGCUGUUGUCGUCGCGUGGUCAUCACCAUAAACCGCCCCCGACCUCGCACCCCGUCAAUCGGAAACCGAAGCAGUUACCCUCGUACCUAACGUGGGAUCAGCUGAUGACGGACGACAAAUUUUUGGUCCGCUUCUUUCUUUAUUUCAGUCCCUGCGAGAGGUGCGUGUUGGCGCAAGUGUGUGCGAAGUGGCGAGACGUACUGUACAGGUACCCGAAGUACUGGACCGGUUUGGUGCCUGUAUUACAGUGUCGCGAGAUGAAGGGGUCUCAGGGAAAUGAGCGUGCACGCUUAUAUUCGUCUCUGUUGAGGCGCGGGUUUCACAGUUUAUGUUUGGUCGGGGCGAACGACGAGGACGUGCUGGAUUUGAUAAACACGUUCCCGUUGGCGUCCAAACACAUACACGUGUUAAAUUUGCGAUGCUCGAGCGUCACGGACCGCGGACUCGAAUCUCUGAUGGAUCAUUUGCAGGCUCUCUACGAACUAGAGCUGGCCGGCUGUAAUGAAAUCACUGAGGCAGGUCUGUGGGCGUGUCUCAAUCCGCGUAUCGUCUCGCUCACGCUUACCGAUUGCAUCAAUGUGGCGGAUGAGGCGGUGGGCGCGGUCGCCCAGCUCUUGCCCGCCCUCUACGAGUUUCAGCUGCAGGCGUAUCACGUGACGGACGUCGCUUUGGGCUAUUUCUCACCGAAACAGAGCAACACGCUAGGCGUACUGAGACUUCACUCGUGUUGGGAGAUCACUAAUCACGCGGUCGUCAACAUAGUGCAUUCCUUACCGAACCUGACUGUCCUCAGCCUCUCAGGGUGUAGCAAAAUAACAGAUGAGGGUGUGGAACUGAUCGCGGAGAAUCUACAGAAGCUGCGUGCUCUGGACCUGUCCUGGUGCCCACGUAUCACCGACGCUGCCUUGGAGUACAUAGCCUGCGACCUGAACCAGCUGGAGGAGCUCACGCUCGACAGGUGUGUUCACGUGACUGACAUAGGAAUAGGAUAUAUAUCGACGAUGCUGUCGCUCCAAGCGUUGUAUCUGCGCUGGUGCGCCCAGAUAAGGGAUUUCGGUUUGCAGCACCUUUGCGGCAUGCGCAAUUUGCAGAUACUAUCUCUAGCAGGUUGUCCCCUUCUAACGUCGAGCGGCUUAUCCAGCUUGAUCCAGUUGCGGCACAUGCGCGAGCUGGAACUGACAAAUUGCCCGGGCGCUUCCCGCGAGCUUUUCGACUACCUUAGAGAACAUCUCCCACGUUGCCUGGUUAUAGAAUAAGCGCAAUAUACUACCUUAUAGCGCGCCGAUAUUUAAAACUCGCUAGACGAUAUUUACUGCUACCUGUCAAAGGGAGCGGACAGCGAACGCUAUACAAUGCUCAUCACUGUUCUGUGCAAUAUGUCCGUAUUAUCAUUCUGAGUUCGGCGGUUAUUUGUGCAAUACUAGUUAAUCGUCUUAACAAUCUGCGCGAUAUUGCGAUCACUUUCUUUUUUAUAAACUUGUUAUAUACAGAGUGACCACUUUUCCAAUGGUAUUGUAUAAGGUUUGUGUAUUUUGAUGUUUUGUCUACAGGAGACGUUCCAUUUAAAAUUUUAUUGUUUAGUUCAAAAUUGCGACACCGUAUAGAAAAACAAAAAACAAAG